GCGGGAUUUUCAACUUGUGUCAGCUACUAGCAUCAAAAUUUGAAGUAGAAAAACAAUAACAUUUGAUGAACUUCUUGACAUAGUUUUUUAUACGAAGAAAUGACUUGUGCUCGUUGCGGCUAUGGAGUUCUUAAAGCAGAAGAUCAAAUUGUAAUGACUAAAGUAUGGCAUAAAUGUUGUUUCCGAUGUUGUAAUUGCGGUAAUAUCUUGAGUACCAGCUCAGCGAGGUUUUUCCAAGGGGAUCUAUUUUGCGAGAGAUGUCAUGGCUUUGUCCUGAAUGACCUAGAAAACUUUACAUCCAAUCCCGAAUGCAGGCCCCAUAAAGCAGUAUCUUUACCCAGUUGUAUAUGCACAGACGAUGAGAAACAAAUGAAAAUCAAAACAGUGCCUUCAGUGAAGAGCCACAAGUCGAAUGAUAUUGAGAUUUCAGCAGAAGCAAAACAAGGUGUAUUAGAGAAACCUAAAUCUUGUAGUUGUCUACCAGAUAUUAGUAAAGAUAGAUACCAUUGCUUUGAUUUUCCUCUUCCAAGAGAGGUAGCAAACUAUUUAAACAGAAACGGCAUGAAAAAGAAAGACAUACAUGAGUAUCAUAAGGCAGGUUAUUUAGAAGAAACACCAUUUUCAAUUCCGAGGAUGGCUAAAAGGUGUCCAAGAAUCACUGUUCGUACUUUAUCACCACCAAGACGUGGUUGUUGCUUUAGGAGACAUAAUGCUCCUCCACGUUUGUUUGUUCAGUGUGAUCGUUAUACGGAUCCAACAAGACCAGUUAGUUGUUGUCAUAAUCGUAGAAAUUCUCCACGUAGAAGGAACCAUUCUCCUGCAAAGCGUGGUCCACCAUGCAAUUGCCAUCUAGAACCUCAAUAUCACCGCCACAAAUGUCGAAAAAGUCCUCCUGAGCAAGAUUGUUAUAGCAAUACUGAUGAAGCUAGCCACGAUAAAUACAAACUGUGUUCAGGUUGCAAUAUAUGUUGCAAUUACCACAAAUGCCCAAAAUGCCGAGAAUAUCAUCAUAAUAAUAACGAUUGUCCUGUUUUUAUAAAACAUUCGGAUUAUACAGAAGAGAACCGUAAAGAAGAAUGCCCUGGUUUUACGGAUUUUUCAGAUCAUACAGGAGAGAAGAAUGACAAAGAAUAUUCAAGUGGUAUACAGUGUUUGUGUUGUCCUAUACACAAUAAAAAACCUUACAAUAAUUUUGAAAAAAUAGAUCAAGAUAGCAAGUUUUGUUUUUGUGGUAAUGUGAUGCCUUGUUGUUGUAAAAUCAGUCAAGUUAGAGAUGAAUGUAGAUCAAAUUGCGUACGAUGCAAAAGAAAGGUUUACGCUGCAGAAAAAAUUUAUAUAUCUAGUGGACCGUUUCAUACCAGUUGUUUUUCUUGUUAUUGUUGCAAUAAGCUGUUGGAUGUUAGGCAUGUCUACGAACAUAAAGGCGAAAUAUAUUGUAAAAAUUGUUAUAACAGUUUUACGGGCAAUCAAUAUUAUGGAUAUGGAUCAUGAAAAUAUUGUUAAUCUGUACACAAUAAAAAAUAAAGCUGUUCUA